AUGGAGCGUCUUGGGGCUCACGACGUGGCGCAGCUCCUAAGGAAGAAAAUAAAAACUCUUGGCUCCGGGACUUACGGUAGAGUAGUCCUGGUUAACUGGCACGGAGAGCAGGCCGCACUUAAAGUGGCCAACCAUGCAUCGGCCGCUAAGAGCUUCAAGCGGGAAGCCAGCGUCUUGUCAGAGCUGAAAGGGGCUGGAGGCGCGCCCCUCCUACUGGCGGUGUCUCACGAUCGCCCAGCUCUCCUCACCACUUAUAAAGGGGACACGAACGUGGAUAAGAUUUUAUGCCACCCGCAAUACGACGUAGUGCAGAUUGGGUUUAAAAUUGGCCUAAAAUUAUUACAUGUCCACACAAAAGGGUAUGUUCAUAACGACAUAAAAUCUAACAAUAUAAUGAUUGAAGGCUCACCCGACCACCCAAAAAUUAGUGUGAUCGACUUCGGCCUCUCCUGUAAGAGUGGUGAAGUGGUCCUUACAAAAGGUGACCCCGAGGACUACCCGCUCUACGCCCCCGAACUCUUGGCUGGUGAACCCAGCACCUUCUCCUCAGACGUGUUCCAAUACGGCCGUCUGAUGCAGGAGAUCCUAGUGGUAACAGGUACCAAAGAUCCGGUACUAGUGAACCUGUUCCAAGAGGCGACAUUGUCCAACCAAGAGUGGCGGCCAUCCCUGCCCAACCUGCUCCGCCGCCUACAGGACCACAUCAGAGACGACACCACCACGGACUCCACCUUCCACCGAGACCGCAAGAGGAUUGAGCGGUAUGAGGCAAAGUGCGCCAAGUGGGGGACAGACAGAGACGGACUGAGGAUGCCUAAGGAGCAGGUUAUGAGGGACAAGGCGCGGACGGAGGACUAUUUGUUCCGUAUAAGGGAAUACCAUGGGAUCCUCGUCCUCAUUACCACCUCAGAUGAAAGCAUUACCAUCUCAGAUGAAAGCAUUACCAUCUCAGAUGAAAGCAUUACCGUCUCAGAUGAAAGCAUUACCAUCUCAGAUGAAAGCAUUACCAUCUCAGAUGAAAGCAUUACCAUCUCAGAUGAAUGCAUUACCACCUCAGAUGAAAGCAUUACCAUCUCAGGUGAAAGCAUUACCAUCUCAGAUGAAAGCAUUACCAUCUCAGAUGAAUGCAUUACCAUCUCAGAUGAAAGCAUUACCGUCUCAGAUGAAAGCAUUACCAUCUCAGAUGAAUGCAUUACCACCUCAGAUGAAAGCAUUACCAUCUCAGAUGAAAGCAUUACCAUCUCAGAUGAAAAUCAUCUUGACAGUCGCCGUCAAACUGCACUUGACAACUUGAGGACAAAGUCCUGUGUACGGUGUUCCUAA